AUGGCAAGCGACCAUGAGGAGCCAAGAACCAGAGAGAUGUGGAUUUGGAUUGUCGGGGCAGGAGCCGCUAGAAAACCGGUGAGACCAAUAAGCUGGAGGGUAUGCAACUACCGUAUCACUAAGGCCGGAACAACGCAGACAAAGGAUGCUCGAGGACGCAUGUCCAGGGCCACCAGGGCUGGAGCUGCACCGACAAUGUAUGUGACGGAUGAGCGCCCCCAACAGGAGGUUGCUUUGCCUUCAUUCGAUCGCUUAGUGGUAGAAAGAGACAGGAUUGUACAUGAAGUGCCGCGGCAGGGUGGUAGAGAUGUGAACGCAGAGUCAGAGGAUGCGCACGGAAAGAAUUCCGAGGGCAAUAUAGACUUGCAUCACCAAAUUGAUACUGAACAUAAAGUUAAAGUUCUCCCCGCACCAAAAAUUGAACAAGCGAAGCCAGUACCAGUUCCAGUUCCACCCAGAAAAGAUUUCAGUGACAACAACAUGAGACGUCCCAGGGUCCCAAGUGCUGAUGAAUUGGAGAAGGCUAAGGCUUGUCAGCUUGAAUUCGGGAGUUACUGUCUCUGGUCCAUUGAACACAAAGAAGUUAUGAAAGAUGCCAUUGUAAAAAAACUAAAAGAUCAGCUAUUUGUGGCUCGAUCUUACUACCCAAGCAUUGCCAAACUUAAAGGAAAGGAGGCACUGACUCGUGAAUUGAAGCAGAAUAUCCAAGAACAUGAGAGGGUUCUAAGUGAAUCCAUUGUUGAUGCUGAUCUACCAUCCUUCAUAAAAAAGAAGAUAGAGAGGAUGGACCGUGCAAUAGCAAGAGCCAAAUCGUGCACUGUGGAUUGUAACAAUGUUGACAAAAAGCUUCGCCAGAUACUUCAUAUGACGGACGAUGAAGCUCAUUUUCAUAUGAAGCAGAGUGCCUACUUAUACAACCUUGGUGUUCACACGAUGCCCAAAAGUCAUCAUUGCCUUAAUAUGAGGUUGACAGUAGAAUAUUUUAAAUCAACUACAUUGGAUUCAGAUGACUCUCCUGUCCAUAAGUUUAAUGUUCCAGAUCAUAGGCACUACAUUAUAUUAUCCAAAAAUGUGCUUGCCGCUUCCGUUGUCAUCAACUCAUCUGUUAGUAGUUCUGAGGAGACCAGGAAUGUAGUCUUUCAUGUACUAACCGAUGCUCAAAAUUUCUAUGCAAUGAAGCAUUGGUUUUCAAGAAAUGCCUACAGAGAAUCAGCUGUCAAUGUCAUUAACUACGAGCAUAUUAUUUUGGAGAAUUUGCCAGAGUUCAGCAUGCAGCAGUUGUAUAUGCCCGAGGAAUUCCGUGUUUUCGUCAGUAGCUUUGAGCGACCUACCGAGAAGUCUAGAAUGGAGUAUUUAUCAGUGUUUAGUCACUCACAUUUCUUUAUUCCGGAAAUAUUUAAAGAUUUAAAGAAGGUGAUUGUGUUGGAUGAUGAUGUCAUUGUUCAACGUGAUCUCUCUUUCUUGUGGAAUCUUGAUAUGGGAGAUAAGGUGAAUGCCGCAGUCAAGUUUUGUGGCCUGAGACUGGGCCAACUAAGAAACCUUCUCGGCGAGGCAAUGUACGAUCCCCAGUCAUGUGCAUGGAUGUCUGGGUUGAAUGUCAUUAAUUUGGAAAAAUGGAGAGAGUAUAAUGUUACAGAGAAUUACCUGCAACUCCUGGAAAAGUUCCGGAACAAUGAUGACGAGGCCUCACUACGAGCUGCAGCUUUACCUAUAAGCUUGCUUUCCUUCCAGAAUCUUGUAUAUCCUCUUGAUGAGAGGUUGACUUUAUCUGGGCUCGGCUAUCAGUACGGAAUUGAAGAAAAAGUGAUCCGAACUUCUGCAUCAUUGCACUACAAUGGUAAUAUGAAACCUUGGCUUGAAUUGGGUAUACCAAAUUACAGGAAGUACUGGAAGAGGUUUCUGGCACGAGAUGAGCGAUUCAUGGACGAGUGCAAUUUAGAGAAAUUAGCCUUAAGUCGAAGGAUAAUGCGAAACUUGUUGGUCACAACUAACAAGGUUGACAGCUCGGUGGAUAUCUUUGCACAUUCUUGUUCAUUUUCUUGCGUCACGGAAAAUGUGAAAUGGUAUGCAUUAGGUAGGGAUGAUAGAAGUGCCAUCGGUAUUUGA